UUGGUUUACGUGCUUGCGUCAAACGCAUUGCUCUUUCUUUUUCUCCAUCUUGACUGGUCCGGGGUGGUGUUGAACAAUGCAGCUGUUUGUUCGUGGUCAAACCCUGCACACUCUUGAAGUGUCUGAGCAGGAUACUGUUGCCCAGAUUAAGGCUCGUGUUGAGUCACUGGAAGGUAUUGCAUCUGAAGAUCAAGUAAUUCUGCUGGCAGGAGUUCCACUGGAGGAUGAAACAGUCAUUGCACACUGUGGCCUAACUGAGCUGUUAACUUUAGAUGUUGCUGCUCGUUUGGUUGGUGGCAAAGUCCAUGGCUCUUUGGCUCGUGCUGGUAAAGUGAGAGGUCAGACUCCUAAGGUUGCAAAACAGGAGAAGAAGAAAAAGAAGACUGGCCGUGCAAAGAGACGCAUGCAGUACAAUCGUCGUUUGUUAAUGUUGUGCCAGGAUUUGGCAAGAAGAAGGGACCGAAUGCUAAUUCCUAAAUGAGAGAAUGUGUUAAAUAAAUGUAUAAGCUAAACAUAA